AUGCUGAUUGAAAAGGAAGAGGAUGAAGAUUUCGGGAAUGUUGACCCGGAAAGCGGUCGGAUUGAGAUCCCACACUCCGUGCAGCUGGUCUUCCAGACAAUUCAGUUCACCCAGCUACAGCGCGCCCAGAAGGACGUAUCUGAGAGUCUGAGCGCGAUCUUAAAGAACGUGAACAUGGCGCUGCACCACAUGCGGGUCGGGAGAGAGUUGGAGGUGGAGACGGGGCUCAGAAUCGCCCCAGGGUCUGAGCUGGAGGAGAGGAAGAGGAGAGCCUCGCUGACCCAGAGCAUCGGUCACUUCAUGAUGUCCAGCUACGACAGGGAGGUGGACUUCAUCCAUCUGCUGAGAUGGAUGCAGGAGACCAGAAAUAUGCUGCUGGAAGAGGAGGAGAGGGAGGAUCAGGAGUUGGAGGAGGUGACGGAGGACUGGGUGACGCUGAUGGAGAUGAAGAUUGGGAAGUCUCUUGACGCUUUUCAGGAGUGCAUUGUGAAGAUCAGCCGUCUCUGCGCCUUGCUCUUCGACGCAGACCCCCGGCGCAAGACCCAGGACCUCGACUUGCCGAAGGGCGGUGUAUGGAGAUGGUGGCGUGAGGCGAAACUCGAUGCCAAAAUGAUUGUGAAGAUCCAAGAGCUGCAGCCUCCCAGCAUGGAGAAGUUACUGAAGGACGAGAGCUUGGGCAACAAGACCUCUGUGGAGCUCACCAACAUGGUCAACGACAUGAAGAACAUCCUCUCCUGCACCAAGGCUCAGUCCAUAGCCUUCAGCCACAUACUGAAGGGGAUCCAGAACAUUAACGCUGCCUUCCAGCAGCAAACCAAAGAUUUCCGCGAGGGCAAAACCUCCCUGGGCAUGCUGCAGGUCAACGACUCCCAGGCCUGCUCGGAGAGCCUGCUGGAGGAGGUCAGGAGACUCCGGGAACAGAAGGUGAUGCUGGAGAUGCAGCUGGUGGGGCUGGAGACCAGGUGCUCAGACGCCCUCCUCGAGAACAACAAGCUACAAGAGACGGUGGAACUGAUGAGAAGAGAGGCAGACGCGACAAGCAAACCCAAACUGGAGAUCCAAACCGCACCAGCGGUGAAGAAAAAGCGAAUCCUUCAGCCUGAGGUGAGAGAACCAGAUCGUUGGGAGUUGCGUCCUGUGGAAGUGCCUGGUAUUGAGGUGGAGGACUUGGGGCCAAGUGUAACCCAGCCGGAAGUAUCCCCGAAAAAGAAGUUGGGGAAAGGAGGGGACGUUGUGGCCGAGGUGGAGAGGCUGUCCAGGGAACUCCUGGAAGACUUCCAGACCAACGUCAUUGACCUAAUCCAGGAUUCGACUGAGCAAGACCCUGUGGGCAAAAUGUGGUCGACUGAAGCAGUGAACAUCUACCGCUCGGUGGAGGACACAGUUCGAGAGACGUUGUCCAAGCUCCUCGCCAAACUCCAUGACGCCUUCGCUAACCAGAUCAUCCAAGCACCCGUGCCCGCGCUGGAGUUGCAGCACAUUUCCAAAUUCGGCAGAAACAUGUCCAGGAGGGCUCCCGAGAUACUCCAGGAAGUCUCCAACCUCUUUCCCGUUCUGGACCAGAACCUGGAUGAUGUGAGCGCGAAGUUUGCAGUCUUGGACAGCUUGGACCCCACCACGAUUCAGGCCACCUCCGAGCUGAGGAGUGUCCAGAGCAUGGGGAAGGAGCAGAUCUGCAAGAUGAAGGCGGCUCGGGAGGGGAUGAUUGCCAUGUCCAACCAGGAGCGCUCGAAGAGACCGGAAGUCAGAAAAACCAGGGAAAAGACCGUCAAGAGGUAUGAGGCGAUCAGCGAGGAGCAGGGAGAGGAUGAAGACAGACAGGCCUUCCAGGGGGAGCAAAGACAAGAGGAGAGGCUGAGUGGAAGAGGCAGGGAGGAGCUCAAACCAAAACCCAAACGGGCGGUCAAGAAGAAACCCAAGAAGCUCAACGAGGACAUUCUCCGCUACCAGACCGACAUGGAGGUGCAACAGGAGCACAUCCUGAGAACCAAGAUGGCGAGGCUUCCCUAUGGGAUUAACGUGAAGCUGCAGAGAACCAACCUGGAGGUGUUGAGCCAGGCCCUGCUCAGAGGGGACAUCUCUCUACAGAUGCACGCUUUGGGCACAGACCUGAUAACCCAACUGCAAAAUGCAGAUGAGACGAGACUGUUGUACCUGUUCAAGAAGUACAUCGCUUUCUGCUGUAUACGCCGAGUGAGGUGCAACCUGCGCUCGAGGCUGGACUCUGCAAGAAAGGUGGAGGAUGGCAAGACGGCGAGGGACAUGUACAAGUUCAUCGAGACGGUGGACGAUUACCAGCAAACCAUUCUGCAGAGGUGGAGAGAGAAGCAAGACUCUGUGGAGCGUAGACGCAAGACCUGCAUGGCCAAAAUGCUGUAUCUGUUCGGCCAGGUGAGACGGGACUGCAGCCUGCACCUCUUCCACCCCUUCCCCCUGGUGCAGCAGAGCCCUGGUGGGAUCCAGAAGCAGUUUGUGGUCUGUGUCCAGCCUCAGAAGCGCCUGACGUGGUGCAGCAGCCCGGGGGUGCAGACGCACUGCAUCGUCCCUCCCGCCUCUCCCCGGAGCACGCAGGGAGCGCCAGGGCCAGUCUUCGGGGUCAGGGAGACAAUCCACGGGCUGCUGCAGCCUUCCUGGAGAGCAGAUAUUGCAGCGCAGAGCAUCAGGAUCGCCGAGAAGAGUCCGCUGAACGGGGCGGCCAAACUCCUUCUGCCUCGCAUCCCCAAGCUCUUCGAAAUGGAGGUCAACACCACCCGGAGCAAAGCGAUGCAGCUACUGCAGAGGAGGUGGGGCGCUGGGGCGCUGGCUAUAUACACCGGGGCGAAUGCCAUCGCAAUAACUUCGUGUUGA